AAACAUGAAGCUUCUUCUGGUAGCAGUCAUCCUUGGAGUUGCAGCCGCCUUCGAUGACGAUGAUAAAAUCGUCGGAGGUUUCACCUGCUCUAAAAACUCUGCGCCCUACCAAGCUUCUCUGAACUCUGGAUAUCAUUUCUGUGGAGGAAGCCUGGUCAGCGCCUUAUGGGUGAUCUCUGCUGCUCACUGCUACAAGUCGAGCAUUCAGGUUCGCCUGGGAGAACACAACAUUGAAGUCAAAGAAGGCAGCGAACAGUUCAUUAACUCUGCCAAGGUUAUCAGACAUGGAAGCUACAACUCCAGAACCCUGGACAACGACAUCAUGUUGAUCAAGCUGGCCUCUCCUGCCACCCUCAACUCUUACGUCAAGACUGUGCCUUUGCCCUCAGGCUGCGCUCCUGCUGGCACCACCUGUCUGAUCUCUGGAUGGGGAAACACCCUCAGCAGUGGAACCAACUACCCUGAUCUCCUGCAGUGCCUGAACGCCCCCAUCCUGACUGCCUCCCAAUGUAGCAGCGCCUACCCAGGAGAGAUCACCAGCAACAUGAUCUGUAUUGGAUACAUAGAAGGUGGCAAGGAUUCCUGCCAGGGUGACUCAGGUGGACCAGUGGUCUGCAAUGGACAACUCCAUGGUGUUGUCUCCUGGGGAUAUGGCUGCGCCCUCAGGAAUUAUCCUGGUGUCUACACCAAGGUCUGCAACUUUAACUCCUGGAUCUCCAAUACCGUUGCCACCAACUAA